UUUCUUCUUCCAUGAACUUUCAUUCUUUCCUCUUGCCUCCAACCCAAUAAAAAGGAAAAUUGCUUGCCAGAGGAGAAGAACAGUCAUUUGCAACCAAAGACCCUUUCUUUUCGUUCUUAGCCUCCUUGUAACUUUGCCAGAUCCAGUUCAGAAAUGGCUUCUAUCAGCACCCUACAAGCGUCAUCUUCCUCUUCUAAUCCUCAUACUUAUGAUGUGUUCUUAAGUUUUAGAGGUGAAGAUACCCGCAAGACUUUCACUGGUCAUCUUUAUGCUAAUUUGGUUGCAAAUGGAAUUCACACCUUCAGAGAUGAUGAGGAACUUGAGAAAGGAGGAGACAUCGCAUCAGAUCUCUCAAAAGCCAUCGAAGAAUCAAAGAUUUUUGUUAUUAUUUUCUCAAAACGCUAUGCUGACUCCAAGUGGUGUUUGAAUGAACUCGUAAAGAUCAUUGACUGUAAGACAGAAAAGGGAUCUGUGGUUUUGCCGGUUUUCUACCAUGUGGAGCCAACAGAUGUACGAAAACAAGGAGGAAGUUUUAAAGAUGCAUUUUUGGAGCACGCAAAAGAUGCAGAUCAAGAGAAGGAGAAGACAAUAGAAACGUGGAAGAAUGCCUUGAUGACAGCAGCCAACCUAUCUGGAUUUCAUCAUCUGCAGAAUCAAUCUGAGGCAGACUUUAUUCAAAGUAUUUGUGAAGAUAUCAUUACAAAAUUGAACCGUAAGCCUUUACAUGUGGGUGACAACAUAGUUGGAAUGGACUUUCAUUUGGAGCAAUUAAAAUCACUUAUAAAAACUGAGUUGGAUGAGGUUCACAUGGUUGGAAUCUAUGGAACUGGUGGAAUCGGUAAAACUACCAUUUCUAUGGCUAUUUAUAAUGAUAUUUCAUCUCAAUUUGAUGGUAGUAGCUUUCUUGAAAAUGUUGGGGGGCAACGUGAAGAUGGUUUACUUAAAUUACAAAAGAGACUUCUUCAAGAUACCUUAAAGUGUAAUCACCGUAAUAAGCCAGAAUUCAACAGUAUUAGGGAAGGAAUCAAUGUGAUAAAGCAGAGGCUUCGAUUGAAAAGAGUCCUUAUUGUUCUCGAUGAUGUGGACGACUACAUGCAAUUAGAAAACUUGGCCGGAAAAUAUGGUUGGUAUGGUGCAAAAAGUAUAAUCAUCAUAACAACUAAAGAUAAACAUUUGUUAGAACUACAUGAAGUAAAUGAAAUUUAUGAGGUGCAAAAAUUGAAUCAUGAAAAAUCUGUUGAACUUUUUAAUUGGUGGGCCUUUAAGCAAAAUACUCCCAUACCCAAAUUUGAAAGCCUUUCAGAUAGCAUAGUAAAGUAUGCUGAUGGCCUUCCAAUAGCACUUAAAGUUUUGGGUCGCUUUCUCUUUAAGAAGUCAACAGAGGAAUGGGAAAGUGAAUUGCAGAAACUACAAGAAAUGCCUGACAUAACAGUCUACAAUGUGCUUAAAGUAAGUUAUGAUAAAUUGGAUGGUAGACAACAAGGUGUAUUCUUGGAUAUUGCAUGUUUUUUUAGAGGAGAAGACAAAAAUUUUGUUUCAAGAAUAUUAGGAAGUGGUGCAAAGGUUGUAAUAAAAGUUCUAGAAGAUAGAUGUCUCAUUACUAUUUCAGAAAACAAGUUAGAUAUGCAUGAUUUAUUACAACAAAUGGGUCAGGAAGUUGUUCGUCAAGAAGGUCUUAAAGAGUCUCACAAAUAUCCUCAAGAGCCUGGAAAAAGGAGUAGACUUUGGGAUCCUAAAGAUGUUGAGAGCGUGUUAACAGGAAAUACGGGGACUAAAGCAAUUGAAGGACUAUUUGUAGGAGUUUCUAUAUCAAACCAAAUACAAUUUUCUGCAAAUUUUUUCGCGAAGAUGAAAAGUCUUAGAUUGCUCAAAGUCUAUCAUAUGCAGGAUGGUUUGGAUUAUUUUGAGGUGGACCUUCCCGAGGAGUUUGAAAUUCCUUCCUCUGAGUUAAGAUAUCUCCAUUUUGAGAGAUACCGUUUACAAUGCUUACCAAGGAAUUUUCAUGCAAAGAAUCUUGUAGAACUUGAUUUAAUCCAUAGCAGCAUAAAGCAACUUUGGAAAGAGAAUGAGAUUCUUGACAAGUUGAAAGUCAUCAACCUUAGUUAUUCAAAGGAUCUCGUUGAAAUCCCGGACUUUUCGAGUGUACCAAAUUUGGAGAUUCUAAUUCUCAAAGGGUGCACAAGACUUCAUAGUCUUCCAAGGAAUUUUCAUAAAUUGGAACGUCUUCGAAGUCUCUCUUGCGGGGGCUGUUCAAAGCUGAAGAGUUUUCCGGAAAUCAAGGGAAAUAUGAACGAACUAAGAGUGCUUAAUUUAAGAAGAACGGCUAUUAUAGAAGUACCAUCAUCAAUUGGACAUCUAAAGGCUCUUCAACACCUAGAUUUGUCUAAUUGCAAAAGCCUAAGAAGUCUUUCAGAGAGCAUUUGUAAGUUGAGCUCUCUUGAAACUCUCAUCUUGAAGGGGUAUAGAAAAGCUUCCAUCCUCAAUUGGACAUCUAAAGGCUCUUCAACACCUAGAUUUGUGUUUUUGCGAAAGCCUAAGAAGUCUUUCGGAGAGCAUUUGUAA